CAUCUUUUUCUCUGCAUACGUGGAGCGGAUUUUGAGCUCAUGGCUCCCCAUUGCAUUGCAUUCUAAUACUUUCUCCAGAUUUUGACUUUCGGUCAAGUUUGUCAUCUCUUAUCUUUGUUUUUUUAAUUGCUCAGAAUUUAUCGUACAUCUCAUAACGAGCUUGUUAGGACAAUACGGUGGUGACCAUGCCGAAGAAGAAAACUGGCCAGAGGAAAAAGGCAGAUAAGCAGAAAGUCCGUCAGAAGAACAUCCGUGAAGCACGAGAACACCGUUCCAUCGUGGACCAAGCAUGCAAUGCACUUAUGGAAUGCGAUAAGUGUAAGAGGACGCAGAAAAAUCGGGCGUUUUGCUACUUCUGUCAAUGUUUGCAACGUCUCCCUCAGUGCGCUCAUUGUGGAAAGGUCAAGUGUAUGAUGAAGUCGGGAGAUUGUGUAGUGAAACAUGGAGGCGUUUAUACGACUGGACUUGGCAUGGUGGGAGCCAUCUGUGACUUUUGUGAAGCGUGGGUGUGUCAUGGUAGAAAAUGUUUGCAAUCACACGCCUGUACUUGUCCCCUCAUCGACGCCGUGUGUGGGGAAUGCCAACGUGGAGUUUGGGAACAUGGUGGAAGAAUUUUCAAGUGUUCUUUCUGUACCUCUUUUCUAUGCGAGGAUGACCAAUUUGAGCACCAAGCGUCGUGCCAAGUACUGGAUGCUGAGAGCUACAAGUGCCAAUCUUGCAACAAACUUGGACAAUAUUCCUGUUUGAGGUGCAAGGUCUGCUUUUGUGAAGACCAUGUUCGCAGGAAGGGAUUCAAAUACGAUAAGAAUAAAGGGAUACCAUGUCCAAAAUGUAAUUUUGAGACAAAUAUCACAAAGGACCUUAGUAUGUCGACCCGCUCUCAUAAAUACGGCCGACAAGGAAAUAAUGAGGAUGAAGAGGGAGAAGAGGAAGGAGCUGGUGGAUUCACCUUUGGAGGCGCUACUGGAUUUAGUUAUGGAGGAAGACGAGCGGCACAGGAUGAUGAGGAUGAUGAUGACGCAGAUGAUGGCGAUUAUGACGAAGAUGAUGAUGAAGAUGAUGACGAUGACGAAGAUGAGGAUGAAUCGGGUAGUGAAGAAGAUGAAGAAGAGAAGGCAGCUGAUGGUGAAAAGGAUAAGGGAGAAGUAGACAAGAAAGUGUAGCCGAAUCGCAAUUUUCUACAUACAAUAUAACUCAUAUUUUAAAAUUCUUGUGAUACGAAAAAUGGAGCCAAUAUCAUUGUUGUUAUAAACUCAGAAUUUUAUUUGUAAUAAAUACUUGAACAAUUUGGAAAACU